AUGGAGGACCAAAUAUAUCGAACAAUAGAAGAUUCAAUCAAGGUCGUGAAGGAUACUUGGUCGAAGGAUCUCGCUGAAAUUCGUUCCAUGUUACGCAAGUUGGUUGGAAACCUUCCUAUGAGUAAAUCUGGAACGGUGGAAUUUCAACGAUUUUGUGGCGAGAAUACAGAGUUAUGGAUUUCUCAGGCAGAACACUACUUUAAUUUCUAUGAAAUUGCAGAAAAUAACAAGUUAUAUCUUGCCUCGUCCUAUCUAGAUGGAGCGGCUUUAACUUGGUACCGCUGGCUUUUUCAGAACAAGCAAUUGGCAGAUUGGGAACACUUUGCUGCAAAAGUGUUGAUUCGCUUCCAUAAACUACAUCUCAAAUCACCAGAAGAUCGCUUAGCCAAUAUCUUGCGGGUACUCUUUGGGACUAAGUACCCAAGUCUAACCAAGUCACCCUUGCCUCAAAACUAUGAUGAGCUAUCAGAAUACCCGACCAAAAUUGAUGAGCACAAGAUGUUUGAUGAAAUGUUAAAUAGUAACUCCCCCAAGGUAUUUACAGUGGCUUUAGAUGCUCCUUUUGAAAUUUUCGAUGAAGAUGUUAUAGGUCCUGAUGGUAGCAAAGUCCAGUUGUUCUAUGGGCAUCCUCAAAUAGAUAUGUCAGGGAGUUAUGUUACAACAAUUUCUCUGGAUUGUGGCUCUUGUAAACAAGAAAUUGGUUUUGAGUUUUUUGAAGACAUGUAUCUUGCGGAAUAUUUCUUGGAGCCUGAGAGUACUGAUGAUUUAUAUCUGGAUAAAUUUUUUAUAAAGAAUGAAAGUGGUAUUCCAAUAAGUGAACUGCCUUCGGAUGAAAUGACCUCCAAGGAUCAGGGGCAGCUCAACAUAAAUCGAGGCCUAAAGCGAAUUUUCAACUAG